UUUAUCAAACUUAUCAAAUCAGAAACUCUUUUUUUUUGGAACUCAUCAAACCAGAAACUGGAAAGAACCAUUUUGUAAAAUGGUUUUGAAAUUGUAACCUGAGGAUUGAACCACGGUGGGGGAAGCAUAAGGUGAAGCUGUCGUCGACCACCGGAGCUCCCUCUUCUCCCUCCUCAUUCUCUUCAUCACCCUCUUCCGAACCCUAACCCCAAAUCCCUCGCCACAACCGCGCCUAUUUGGAAUCUCGUCUAUGCUCCAAAGGGUGGCGGUGGAUCGAGCGGCGGAACCCGGCGGCGAAGUAUCCGACUGACUUCAGUGUGGUUUCGAUCGGGGAAUUGGGGGUGGUUGAGGAGAUUCAGAAAUUGGGGUUGGUGAAGUAUGUGAGCUUGGAUAUGAGCUAUAUGAGGGGUUUGAUGAAGCAUGGAAGAGGUGAAGAUGGUUCCUUUGUUGAUGGGAACAAGCGCCCUGGGAAGAUCUUCACCAAGCUAUACCAGAUUCAUUGAUCUUUGGUUUGGGCCACGACUUUGAGUGAGAUGCUGCAGACUGGUUUAUACCCACCAGACUACCUAAACGGAUUAGCUCAACACUUUGGAGAGUGGGAAGUUGUAGAAGCAAGGGGCAUCCCAGAUUGUGGACGAAGUGAUUUGUCAGCACUGUGGGUAAUUUCGUGGCUUGAUAUGGACAUUUACUUCAAACCCAAUGUUGUUGGGGUGUUAAAGGAACGGCCUGUGAGGAUGGGAGUAGCAAUGCAAGUUUUAAUGGGUGAUCAUAAUGAGUGCAAGGAUGAGCUUGGGGCAAAUGCUGAACGUUACUGGCAUGACAUGAUUUUCUCCAACACUGCGUAGCUCGUGCAUGAGGCUGCGUAGAGGUGAAGGUGGUGUGGGCUGUUAUGUUAAGUGAUGAUGUUUUGGGUUUUGGCUUGGUAUGGUGAAAUAGAAUGGUGUUUAGCCUAAGGAACCCAACCGAUCGAUCUGGGAAUGAAGACAUAUUUUGUAUUAUGCUGUCUUCAACUUUUUCAUGUGUUUUGUGUAAUAUAUGGCUACGGUGGGGUAUGGUGUAGUAUAUGGGUAUAUGGGUAUUUAUGUCAUGUUCAGAAUGGACCAUUACAAUGGGCAUUGGCCACACUAUAUAUGUGUAAUAUGUAUUAUGUUAUAAGACUAUUUUCUUUCAUGUCA